AUGAACAUAUUUUGCUUAAUUUGUUGCGAGCCUCAUUUGAAGUCUGAGGAUAUUGUGUCGACACCAUGUGGACACGUUUUUCAUCGAAAUUGUAUAAAACAUUGGUUCAGAAUUCGCAAGAGUUGUCCAAAAUGUCGCGCUGCAAUAAAUACUCAAAAUUUCAUUCAACUGUUCUUUGAUAUUGAUGAAAAUAAAGGAGAAUUUCAGAAAGAUAUUGAGCAGCACAAAAAAGUGAUUGCUGAUUUGAAAACGGAGUUAAGAGAGAAUAUUGAGAUAAAUAAGAGUUAUAUGGAUCACAUGCUAUGUAAUGAAGAGCAAAUAAAGUCAAUGAGGGUGGUGAUCACUGAUUUGAAAACGGAAUUAACCAAUUACAUUGAGAUGAAUAAAAUGCAUAUGAUGUACAUGAAAAGCUCUGAAAGACGAGUAAAUUCAUUAAAGGAGGAAAACUCUAAUCAACGUGAACAGAUAAUGGAUUUGAAAGAAAAACUGAGAAUUUUGCAGGAAAGUAAUAAAAAACUUAAACAAAAAAAGCAAAACGCUUUCAGAAUAAUUGGCAAUUUGGAAGGUAAAAUGAAAGGACAGCAGGGAAAAAUUACAAAAUGUGAACUUAAGAUCGAAAAAAACAAAUUGAAUGACAAUGCAAAUAAUUGUCAAAACGAGACAGAAAUAUCAACGAUCGCGAAAGUGGAACAUAAUUCGCAGCAAAAGAUUGCAAAUUUUAGUCAAGGAUUAAAAACAGGCGUUGAGAAUAACAACAGACUUAAGCAUCAAGGCCAAACAAAACCUGUAACAAUCGCUACAUCAACGAUUUCUAGUACGAGUUCGGUACACGUAUCCAACGUCUCUCAAGGAUCAAUCCCACAGAGAGAGAAAAAGAAGAAUACAUGUUAG